AUGCUCACUCUGAACCCCCCUCGGCACUGCCCGGCCUUCUCGGCCGGGGCUCGGAAGGGGCCCCGACCCACCGUGCGCAGCGCCAGGCUGGCUGUGCGCGUCAGGGCCACCCAGGCUGCCGAUGCCUACAUCUCCCCAUCUUCGAGGACGGCUGCAACCGAGCUGCAGGCUCUGGAGCGCUUCAGCGAGAUCGUCCCCGACGUGCUACUCAGCCAAACCCUUCAAUCUGUCGAGGCUCCCAAGGCCGCCACCUCCUCCCGCGGCGUGCUGGCGGGCAUCCUGAGCUCCCCCUCCAGCUUUGGGCGCUACAAGUUUGCGGUGGAGCAGGCGCGGCACUACGACCGCGCCGCCCAGGCCUCAAGCCCCGCAGAGGCAGCCUCCCUGCGGGUGGACAAGGCCCUCGUCAACGUCGGCUCCAUGUUCCUGGAGAACGUCUCCGGUCGCGUGUCCACCGAGGUCGACCCCCGCGCCCACGACAGCGAGGAGGCCCUGGUCGCGCGAGGCCAGAGCCUCAUCCGGUUGUACGAGGAGGUGGGCGUGUCGCGCGACCGUGUCGUCCUGCGCAUCCCCGCCACCUGGGCCGGCAUCCGCGCGGCGGCCGCGCUGGAAGCCGAGGGCAUUGCCACCCACCUGGUCCUGGUCUACGGCUUCACCCAGGGCGCCGCGGCGGCCCAGGCCGGCGUGUCGGUCAUCCAACCCAACGUGGGGGCCGUGGCCGACUGGUACAAGCGCCACCCGGGCGUGAUCAAGAACCCCAAGGGUCCGCGGGAGGCCGCGCUGGCUGUGGCUGACGAGUACGGCGAGAGCGUCAACCCCGGGCUGGUGCUGGUGGAGACGCUUUACCAUUACGUCAAGCGCUUCCACCCCAAGACGCGCAUCAUGGCCUCCGGCCUGCGCACCAAGGCCGAGGCGCUGCGCCUGGCGGGCUGCGACUACCUGGUGGUGGGGCCGCGCGUGCUGGAGGCCCUGGCAGCAGCCGCCACACUGGAGGGCUACAACGACGGCCUUCGCGCCGACGAGGACGAGGCGCCGGGCGAGCUGGCGCCCGCGCUCACCCCCGCCGCCGCGCAGGCCCACGACUUCUCCGACCAGGAGACGGCCACCCUGGACCGAGCCCUGUUCGAGGACAGGCUUGGCCUGGCCGCGCGGGAGCUGCUGCGCGAGGGCGUGGCCCGCCUCAUCGGCGACGCCGAGCGCCUGGAGGCCUACUUCCUGAACCUCGCCGGCGGGCAGGAGUGA